UAUUGGUCAUUCCAUUUCAGCGUAGUGCAAUGUGAGUUACGUCGUUUGCUUUGCACCAACAGCCUCGCAAGCUAAUAUUAGCAUUAAGCUAUAAGAAACUGACGGAGUGGCUGACUUCCGAACCCACCCGACAACGAGAUCUAGCUAGCUAGGUUAACUUUAGCAAGCAAAUAGUGUGUCUGCCUUUGCUAUUGGUAUAUUAAAUAAUUUCAGACGGGCGUGACGGCUACACAGAGAGAUAUAGCUGCGGUGCAAAUAUGUUGCUUCAUGUGCUACACGCUAGUUGUGACCUUACAAGUCAUUCUGCAAGCUAGCUAAUCAUAGCGUUAGCUGUUUAACGCCAACGUUCUGGAUACCUGUGAAGUGCACUUUAUAACGGAGGCAGGAGUGUGCUAGAGAGGAUGACGAUGCCGCAUGUAGGGGCAGUGUUUGCAGCAAUAGCAGGAGUGAUGGCCAUCAUGCUGCAUUCCUCCAUUCACAAAAUAGAGGAAGGACACCUUGCUGUGUACUACAGGGGUGGAGCAUUGCUGACCACUCCCAACGGUCCUGGAUAUCACAUUAUGCUGCCUUUCAUUACCACCUACAGAUCAGUGCAGACGACACUUCAAACUGAUGAGAUCAAGAAUGUGCCUUGUGGAACAAGUGGCGGUGUGAUGAUCUAUUUUGACAGGAUAGAAGUUGUUAACAUGCUGGUCCCCUCAGCAGUCGUGGACAUUGUGAGGAACUACACUGCUGAUUAUGACAAAACUCUCAUUUUCAACAAGAUUCACCAUGAACUCAACCAGUUCUGCAGUGUCCACACACUACAGGAGGUCUACAUUGAGUUGUUUGAUAUUAUAGAUGAGAACCUUAAGACUGCGUUGCAGAAAGAUCUUAAUGUUAUGGCACCUGGACUUACAAUACAGGCAGUUCGUGUUACCAAGCCAAAGAUCCCCGAGGCUAUCAGGAGGAACUUUGAACUCAUGGAAGCAGAAAAGACUCGUCUGCUAAUAACAGCUCAGACUCAGAAGGUGGUGGAAAAGGAAGCAGAGACUGAAAGAAAGAAGGCUAUUAUUGAGGCUCAGAAAGUGGCUCAGGUAGCAGAGAUCCACUUCCAGCAGAAGGUGAUGGAGAAAGAGACAGAGAAGAGGAUCUCUGAGAUUGAAGAUGCUGCCUUCUUGGCCAGGGAGAAGGCUAAGGCUGAUGCAGAGUAUUACACUGCUGCCAAAUAUGCUGAAGCAAACAUGUUGAAGUUAACCCCAGAGUACCUGGAGCUGAUGAAGUACCAGGCUAUAGCAGCCAACAGUAAGAUCUACUUUGGGCAGGACAUCCCUAACAUGUUUGUAGAGGGUACCAACAGUCCACCUAAGCCUGCGCGCUCCCCUAAUCUGCCCACUGCUGACCCAGACAUAUUUAAAGUGAAGGUAGACGGGCAGUGAGUCCACAGUUCUGCCUCGACACAGGACAGGAUACCCUGAUGAGGACUUGUCUUGUCGGUAGGGUGGAGAGCACUGAACUGAAGAUGAUGGGUGUGGUAGCUUUGAAGCUAGUUUGGUGAACACACUUCAGUCUUAAAUCUAAAUGGCAUAAACAAAGAGGGAAAAUAUAAGGCGAAAAACAAGCAAAACUUAAUGAAAUGAUGAAAGGUAAAGUUUUUGUUUUUUUUAAUCCUCCACUCUUUGGGAAAAGACAAGUUUUACGAAUGCAAAUGAAUGAAUGUCAAUUGAAAAUCAAAAGCAUAAUAAAUGCUUAUGGUUGAAAGGUGACAGCAAGUAGUCGCCCUGACUUACACAUGCUUGCAAUCAAUGCAGUGUUUAACUUUGCUUUAGGGUCUGCAUUCAUUUUGUUUGCUGUAUGCAAGGGGAGUGUUCUGUGAUGCAUAUGAUGUUUGAGAAUUCAAUUCUGGGUUUAACUGAACUGGAAUCAGACGGGUGACACUAAUUAAAAGUAGGAUGAUUUGUUUAAGUGCGUCAUGUGGGUAGGUAAUCUCUGUGCCAUUUUAUUUUACACUGAAUAACUAGUUGGCUCUUCUCUCUGAAAGCGAGUCGGUGUGAGGGCUGUUUAAUCACACCUCAUAUAAAAUGCUGCAUGCAGAGGAGCUUAAAAUCACUGAUGGGUUAUUACAGCAGUGUGUGCAUUAUAAAUGUGCAGCAGUCAUUCACUACUGGGAGCCCACAUAUAGAUAUUUUCAUUUGACUGGAAUUCUACAGAUACAAAAUUGAGUUGUGGGGAAAAAAACUGAAAUGAUGGUUUUCUAGAAACAAUUGGCCUGACAGUUAAAUUUUCACAUAAGCCUGCUUAAAGUGAACUACUGCUCUACAGAUAUUCAAGUUUUUGAAGAUGGAGCAUUGUCAUUGUAUGUGCAUAGAUAAAUUCAGUAUUGAUAGCAGUAUACAGUUCUUUUCUUUUAGCUUGGUUAUAGUUUGCUGUUGCUCAUUGUGGCUAAGAGUUGCAACCACGACAGAAAGACUUGAGAUGCUGCUGUGUCAUUCUCUGAGAGGCCAACUGAGAAGAAAAAGACCUAAUGCAGCUGCAAGAAAAUCUGAUUAUCUUCUGAAGACUUGUUCAAAAUCAUUAAGUUAACAUUUAAAAGAGUUGAGCACUAGUGGAUUGUUUCACUGAAGGAAGGUGUGAUUUGCACGUCUUGUCAAGAAGUCUCCAUCUGGUUUUUAUUAUCUAGACCUGACAUGGAAAUAUGUCAUGGUUUGAUUCAGAUGAUUAGUAGUGCCUGUCCUUGUCAGCUAACGUCGUUGCACAGGAACGUGACUUAUUUUAACAGCUACCCAGUGUUAAACAAAGCUUAUACUCUCCAAAUGUUAAAAAGUUCAAAUGUGCUGAAUCUGGUGACAACAGUAACUUUGCGAAACAAGAAAAUAACUAUUUAAAGUGAUUUCAUGUCUAAUUGAAGUGCAUUGACUAACCCCCCCCAAACUAGAAUCUAAAUCUGUGUCUCCUGUUUAUUUAUGGUAAUAUUUUUAUUGCACCAUAUUUAGAGUAUUUGUCUGUGGCAUAUUCUGGGCACAUUAGUCUGUCAAAGUACAAAUAAUACAAACAAAAGCUCCUUUCCAC